AUGCUUCAUCAGGGAAGCUGGUUCACCAGCUUGAUUACACUCUCUGUCGUUUUCUCGUUAUCAUCUCUCAUGCUAAAACCUGAAGGAGCAAACCAUACAGUUGGCGACAGCUCUGGCUGGGAACUCUUGACAAACUAUACCAACUGGACACAGGGAAGAGAAUUUCAUGUUGGUGAUGUCUUAGUUUUCAACUACAACAAGGACCAGCAUAACGUUAUGCAAGUUAACUCGACGGCAUAUGCAGAUUGUGGAAGAGAGAAUUACAUCUCUCUCUUCAACAAAGGCAAUGACUCAAUCAUUAUGUCAGAGGUUGGAGAGCACUGGUUCAUCUGUGGAAUGUACGAUCACUGUGAGAAUGGCCAGAAGCUAAGUAUUAAUGUAACUCUUUGA